AUGCAUCGUGUAUGUUACAUUACAAAUUGGUCUCGAUAUCGAUCUGGUGAAGCAAAAUUUGAAAUUGAAUUUGUUGAUCCAUUUAUGUGUUCUCAUAUUAUCUAUGCUUAUGCAACUGUCGAUGAACAGAAACCAGAAAUUAUACCAAUACAAAAAGAUGAUCUUGAACAUUAUCGAGAACUUUCUUUACUAAAAAGAGCAAAUCCAAAUUUGAAAAUAUCUAUUCGAUUAGGAGGCAAAGUUUCUCAAUAUACACGAUAUUUAAAACAUUCAAAAAUGGCUGCACAACUUGUUCGUAGUAUUAUUUGGUAUAUGGCAACUCAUGGUUUUGAUGGUGUCGAUAUAGCACUUGAAUUUAUCGAUGGUGACAAUCCAGAAGAUAAAGUAGCAUUAACAACAUUGAUUGAGGAAUUAGCCAAACAAAAACGAUUAAUGUUACGAUCAAUGAUUACAUUAACAGCUGCACCAUUUGUAGAAAAUCUUUUGAAAGUUUACGAUAUUGAAAAAAUUGGACAUCUUGUAGAUUAUAUUAAUUUGAUGACGUUUGAUUUCUAUGGUCCAUGGGAUGAGAAAACAGGUGUCUUUGCACCAUUAUAUCAUCAGCAUUAUCAAGUAGAAGCUGAAUCGCUUCGUAAUGUUGAUGGACUUGUAAAAUUAUGGUUGAGCCUUGCUAUACCACGAAAUAAACUUAUUAUUGGUAUUCCAGCUUAUGGACGUUCAUUUACAUUAUCCAGUCGACAAACGAGUCUUCAUGCACCAGCUAAUGGUCCCGGCUAUCCAGGUCGAUAUACAAAAACGCGAGGUUUUCUUUCUUAUUAUGAGGUUUGUGAAAAAGGACAAUCUCAAGCUUGGCAACGCAUAUGGUUGGAUUCAGAAAAGGCAUGGUAUAUGACAAAUGGUGAUCAAUGGAUUACGUAUGAAGAUGUUGAUUCGGCAGCACUUAAAGCACAAUAUGCAAAAGCAGAACAAUUGGGUGGAGUCUUUAUUUGGAGUAUUGAUAAUGAUGAAUUUUCUGGUUUCUUCUGCAAUACGGAACCAUUUCCAAUAACGCGACAAGUUUUUUCGACACUUAAUCUUCCUGUACCAGCAACAAUGGCAACAUCACUUGCUAUUCAACAACGAAUUCCAUCUAUAAUUGCUCCUGUAACUGUUGCUCCGACAGUUCGUUUUAUUAAUGUGCAAGCUCAAAAUGCGCCCGUAUCAUCAGCAGUGCCCAAUAAUUUACAACAAUUAUUAAGUGCUCUUAGUGCUCUAUCAGCAACAUCAACUUAUGCAUCUAUUCCUGAACCAUCAGCCCCACCGCCAGUAGCACAUCAAACAUAUAAUGCUGAAUAUAUAUGUGCUCGGCAUCAUGCUGGUCGUAAUGGAAUUUAUCGUGAUCGCACAAAUUGUUCAAUAUUUUAUUUUUGUGAAGGCACUGAUUUAGCUUCAUUGCGUUAUCAUAUAUUUUUUUGUCCGGCUGGGCUAGAAUUUUCCAUGGAUGCAUGUACCUGUGAUUGGCCAACGGGUCGUGCAUGUCAAACGACAAGUGAAACAUUUUGUGUAUCACAUUCUGUACGGAUAACAACGACAACCACAACAACCACAACAACAAAACCAACAACAGCUCAAUCAAAUAUUCCUCAAUCUGCAUUGAUUGCAUUAAAUGGCUUAGGUCAAUUGCUAGGCGUAUCAGGUGGUUCAACACCAAUGUUUGAUUGUGCUGGUCGACGAUCUGGUCUGUAUCGUGAUAUGUAUGAUUGUACAAAAUUCUACUUCUGUACAACAAAUAAUCAAGCAGCAGACGGUGGAUUACUUCGAUAUGAUUUUGUUUGUCCAACAAACUAUGCAUUUAGUAUGACAACAUGUCGAUGUGAACUUGGACAAAGUCAUACAUGUCAUACAUUAACAAAAACUGAUUGUCUUCUUUUAUAA